UUUACAGAAAAGAACCCCGUCCCUUCAAAAUAAAAGUCACUCUAUAUAACAAAGUUCGUUUUUUAUUUAUUUAUUAUUCAAAUGUCCAAUUGUGAGACAUAAAACAAGUGGUUUGGUGUUGAGGCAACACUAUCCAGUCGAGGGUUAAGUUUGUAUAAUGUGGGUUUAUUUCUGUCUUUCUUUUUUAAUGAAAAAAAAUUGUAGGGCUAUGUGAAAAGCAUUUUGUGCUACAUAUGACAAAAUGUCAUAUGCGUUUUAUUUUAUUUUAUUUUAUUUUAUUUUAUUUUAUUUUAUUUUAUUUUAUUUUAUUUUAUUUUAUUUUAUUUUAUUUUAUUUUAUUUUAGGGCGGGUUGAUUAUUAAGACCAAAGCAAUCGAUCCAGAGCGCUUGGAUCGACAGCCUGCGGAUCACCGGAAGUUCGUUCGCUCGUACUUCCUCUGUAAACAAACCAAUGCUGCAACACCUUACAGAGGAGGGGUUAUGUCCUCCAUGCUAACACUCCUCCGCCACGGAUGCCAUGUCCUCCCUGACAACAUCUGCUGAUUGUAGUGAUGCUGUUGCUGCCAUGGCAACCCCAGGGUGUGAAGAGGCUGUGCUGGCCUCAGAUUGUCAUGCCAGACAAAUGCUGGCCCAAAUGAACAAGCUGCGUCUCCGCACAGACUUCUGUGACGUGAGUCUGAAUGUCGGGGGCCAGGUCUUCAGAGUCCACCGGCUGGUUCUCGCCGCCAGCAGCCCGUAUUUCUCAGCCCUGUUCUCCGGGGGAAUGAGGGAGGCGGAUAAAGAUGAGGUGCAGAUCAUCGGGGUGGACCCGGCCGUCUUUGAGAGUUUGCUGGAAUUUGUGUACACAGGAGCGAUCAAUAUAACCGUGGACAACGUUCAGGAGCUGAUGGUGGCCGCAGAUAUGCUGCACCUGAACGAGGUGGUGUCCAUCUGUGGGGAGUUCCUUAAAAGUCACAUGGACUCAUCCAACUGUGUGGGAAUCUUUCAGUUCUCAGAGCAGAUUGGCUGCUUAGAAAUGUUGGAAUUCACAGAGAACUACAUCUACGUUCACUUUUUAGAGGUUUGUGUCACAGAUGAAUUCAGGAGUCUGUCCAAAGACCAGUUGGUCAGACUUCUGAGAAGUGAGGAGUUGAGAAUUGAAGAUGAGUACCAGGUCUUCACUGCAGCGAUGGACUGGGUUCUUCAAGAUGUGGCAAAGAGGAAAAAACACGUUGUGGAGGUUUUGGAAGCCGUCCGCUUCCCUCUGCUUUCCCCACAGAGGCUAUUCAAGUACAUAGAAGGCAUUACCGACUUCAGCCUGCGGGUGGCACUGCAGACACUCCUGAAGGAGUACACUGAAGUCUCAAAGUCUCCCAAAGAAAAUAAAAUGUACAGUCAACUCCAACCAGCUAAGAUGAGGCCCAGGCGGAAAGCCAGAAAAUACCUUUAUGCCAUAGGAGGUUACACUCGGCUGCAGGGCGGCCGCUGGAGCGACAGCCGGGCGUUGAGCUGCGUUGAGCGCUUCGACACCUUCAAUCAGUACUGGACUACCGUUUCAUCUCUGCAUCAGGCUCGCAGCGGACUGGGGGUGGCAGUCCUGGAGGGCAUGAUCUAUGUGGUGGGAGGGGAGAAAGACUCCAUGAUUUUUGACUGUACUGAACGAUACGACCCUGUCACCAAGCAGUGGGCCGCCGUGGCGUCCCUGAAUUUCCCUCGCUGUGGGGUCGGCGUUUGCACCUGUCACGGUGCUCUGUAUGCGCUGGGUGGCUGGAUUGGAUCAGAGAUCGGGAAGACGAUGGAGCGCUACGACCCGGAGGAAAACAAGUGGGAGGUCAUUGGCAGCAUGGCCGUCCCCCGCUAUUACUUUGGAUGCUGUGAGCUGCAAGGAUUUAUUUACGUGAUCGGAGGGAUCAGUGACGAAGGAAUGGAGCUGCGCUCAGCUGAAAUGUACGACCCCAUCUCCCGCCGGUGGAGCGCCCUCCCUGUGAUGGUCACUCGCCGGGCGUACGUGGGCGUCGCCUGCCUGAAUAACUCCAUAUACGCCGUGGGAGGCUGGAACGAAGCGUUGGGAGCGUUAGAAACCGUGGAAAAAUAUUGUCCCGAGGAGGAGAAGUGGGUGGAGGUGGCAUCCAUGUCCACAGCGCGAGCCGGGGCGUCGGUGUCCGCCGUCAACGGGCUGCUGUACGCUGUCGGAGGAAGAGCCGCCAGCAGGGACUUCUCAGCACCGGUGACGGUGGACUCUGUGGAGAUCUACGACCCGCAUCUGGACACGUGGACUGAGGUGGGGAACAUGAUCACGAGCCGCUGCGACGGCGGGCUGGCCGUCCUCUGACAGCUGCCGACCUCUUGAAACGAUGAAAAACGCUGCACCUUACAGGAGGUUUCUGUGGUAUUCACGCCCCAAUGCGUCUGUUUUUAACUGGAGAGAGUCCUGCUGUUACACAACUCACUGGUUUCCUUUUCCGUUAUUCUGAAUCACUUUACUGGACAAUUAGUUUUGUUUACACUCCUGAUCAUUUCUCAUCAUUAAGAAAUUCCAGUUUGCUUUUUAUGCAUCAAGAAAACUCUUGAUGUCCUCCAAAUCCUCCACAAUCUUCAGCGUGAUUGUUAAUAGAACCAAAUGAUAGUUUUGAGUGUUUUUAACAUGUCAGGUCAUGCACUCCACUUGACUCUACUGGGAGAUUUCUCUCUGUGUUGGUGCAGAAAGUUGAGCUUCUCAACUGCCAUUCAAGUUGUUCCAAACCUGAGAUGAAUAGUUUGCACUUAAUUUACAUUUCAGUCACUGGAUUGACAGGAACAAGUUGGGACACGGAUUGAUGAAAAAGAGUAAAUAAAACAUAUUUUCUAACUUUUACUUGACUGUGAAAUAAUAAUAAAAUGCUAAAGAACUGGAAAAAAAUUUUUUUCAUUUCCAAAUGUCAAAAAAGCCCAGCAUGUUCUCUUCGUGUGUGUGUGUAUUAUUUUUUUUAUAAUUUUUUUUUCCAGCUUUCCCCCACAGUCCAGGGACAUGCCUCAUGGAUUGGUUCCAAGUCGUUCUUUAGUAUUGAGUGUUUUGAUCAACAAGCAGGUUUCACAUAUUCAGAUUUAUGAUCAGGGUUGCCAGAUCUGAAAAAAGUGAAGGAAUUAAAGCUUUUUCCAUCUA